CACCCCCUAUCCCGGUGCCGGCACGGAGGAUGCCCGUCGAGGCGCUGCAAGCCGGCGACACCAUGAAGGGGGUGACGGUGACAGCGCCUUUCACCUCGGUCAUGCCCGUCCGCAUCCUCCGCAAGGGCCCCGCAUAUUUCCGCCGGCACAACGAGGCAGGGGCCGCGAAGCCCAGCGCAGUGGAGAGGCUGGAGGCCGACAAGGCCAAGUAUGUGAAGAGUCAGCGGGUCGCCAGCACCAAGCAGGAGCCGGUGAAGCCACUGCUGCUCAAGCAGCCCCUCUUCACGCCGGGGGUGCGCCGGGCUGUGCUCACCCCCAGCCGCAGGGCACCCGCGAGCCCGCGCCGCGCCGAGGCUGCCAGCCCGAAGGCCUCCCUUGACCUGGAGAUCCUCAACAACCUCAUCAACCUCUGUGACAGCCCCUUCCCUAAGGCCGAGAGCCCACUGGGCAGGGAGUGCAGGUGGCGGGCAGAGGCGCCGGCAGCGGAGGGGCCUGGCAAGCCGCCGGAGAGCCCCACCAUGGCCAGGCCCCCCGGCAGCGUGACCGUGCGGAGGGUGGACGUCCGUCCCUGUGGAGCUCCACGGAACCCAGUGACACCGGUGCCCGCAUCCCCCGUCCCAGGUGGGCUGCCUGUGACCCCGUCCCGGAGCUCACCCGCCCGCCCCGAGAGCGCCCGCCGGCAGCCGCUGCUGCACCGCUCCAAGUCGGACCUGAGCGACCGGCUCUCGCGGGCCACCGCCGACCUGGAGCGCUUCUUCAACUACUGCGGCCUCGACCCCGAGGAGAUGCAGGACAUGGGGGCCGAGCGCUUCGCCCGCGCCAGCUCCGACAUCGUGUCCCUCAAGUUCCACAGCGUGAGCACGGCCAGCUCGGAGGGCGGGUGCUCACCGCCCAGCGCCGCCACACCGGAGGGGCGACCGGCCGAGCGUGUGCCCUACGGCAUCUCCGUCAUCGAGCGCAACGCCCGUGUCAUCAAGUGGCUCUACGGACUGCGCCAGGCCAGGGAGCCCCAGCAGGUCUCUGAUGUGUAGCAGGGCCGUGGUGGGCACCGGAGAUGAGUUGCUUGCAAGCAGGCAAUGUUGGAUGGGGACAGGGCCCAGGCUGUGCCCUGGGAGGAGCAGGGACCUCUUGGCUAUGAUAGGACCCUUGAACUCGACCCCCCCUGUGCCACAGCGCCACUGGCCUGAUGUGGUGGCUGAGCAUCCAUCGUCAGAUCCCUGUGCCAGCACUGGAAAGUCAGGCCCCUGCGAGCCCGUGGGAAGGCAGAGGAUACGUGUGUCCCUGGCUGUGUGGCUGGUCCCCAAAUCCCAUGGAACCCCAUGUGUGGCUGCCCCGCCUGCACUGCUGGCAGCUCCUGCCUGCUGCGCUCCUCACCAACACCCAUGGGUGGGGUGCAAGGGGCUGGUUCCCCCCUGCACGGAGCAGGGGAGGGAGCUGCCCCUGUGCAGCCUCCACUGAGGGAGUCCCACUGUCUGGGGUGGGACUGUAUCCUGGUGGCCCCGUCUUAUUGCUGAAGGUCUGGGAGAAGCUGGGUGCUUCAGGGUGACCCCCUGCUUGGAACCACCCAGGGCUGUGUGUGCAUGUGUGAGUGUCUGUGGGUGCCUGUGUCCCCCCUGGGCUGCCAGAGGGCGUGCAGCCCACACCAUGCUGGGCCUGGUAUUUAUGAAGACAAGAGUUCCUCUUUUCUACUGUUUUCCCAAUGUUUCAUCUGUAAAUAAUAAUAAUGGUGAUGCAGCCAGGUUUAUUAUUAAAUGCCUGUGUUUUGGA